AUGGCGAUUGCACAUGGAGGCUCGCAGCUGACCGAAGGUCUGGCUGGCUUCGGAGAUCUCAUGUCGUCGUUCUUCUUAUUUACCGUAAUUAUACUUCCGAGGCCUGUGAACCUGUCCACUGAUUCGAGUUAGCCUCCAUCAGCGUUGGUAUGUUGUUCAGUAUAUCCCAUAUUGUGCUGCGAAAUGUGCAUAACUACCGUCUUCUCCGCGCUGAUGUUAAGUCCGAAGUUAGAGCAAACAGGACUGACGAGAUCCACAGUCUGGUAAAUGUCCCCCUUCAUUGCUUUAUUUAGCGCGAAUAUGUUGUUAAUAAACAGGUCUUUGCCUGGACUCAAAGAAUAAAUAUAGGCGGACAUGUACGCAAGUAGAAGUAGAAAAAACAUAGUGACAACAAGAGUGCGGCUUGAUAAUUGCAAUUGGUGUCUAAGUUUUUACAGGUCGCAUUUUGGCGUAUGAAACCAAAGCGUUUUUCAUGUCGCCACAAUGUCAUCCGCAAAUGUUUCGUGGAGGUUAAUCUUGAACACCCUCAAGGACGCUUAAAGACGAUGACUUCUAAACAGCUAGCGGUAUCAAAAUCAGUUAAAUGUGUAGUUGUAUAUUGAAGGUAACAAAUCAACGGGACCUCCAUACUACUCUGGUCUACAGACCCCCAAGACGGCGGAAAGACGCGAGCAAUGCAUCACCGUGGCGUUAAAGAAAAUCAGCUGUAGCAAACAUGUAGUAUUUGAAGCAUUUUGCCCUCGGUAAUACUUGGAUCUUUUAGCUCUCCAGACAUCGAGUUAUAUUUGGAGCAUUGCACUCCGUCGGAAAACUCACUUGGACAAAAGCUACUUCGGAUGGUCGCUGACGAGUUCCAUACGCAGCGCAUUGCCGUGGACUUGCGAUUUCGAAAUGGAGAGUAGUCCAUCUGUUUGGAUCCUACCAUUUCUAGAGCCACAACUGUAUCCUUUGACUUCCAACACGCCUCUGGGCUGAAGUGAUCAGUGCGUUCUGGUCUACGAAUAAAGUCCUUUUUCAAUACCCGAGAUUCGAAUAGUAAAGAAGAGGAAUGCAUUGAUAGGUGAUUAUUUCGAAAAGGACUGCUGAGUGAGACAGACUGGAACUCUGCACAUCGUCUGUGUUUCCUUUAAGAACUUGAUUCAGCACCUGGUAGACAGCUUUCGCCUGCUUAAGAAAUCGUUUGUUUCCUGACCGAAAUGGGUGACACAGGAAAUGAAAAGUGUAUCUCAGGAAGAAAAAGUACUAUGGAGGAGAUAUGUCAAGUGUCAACAGUCAGAACAUUUAGCUGAAUCUAAGAAACAGCAAAAUAAGUGUCGAAAUCUCCUCGGGAAAGUAGGAGCGGCAUUUGCGUUAAGAAUAGUCAAGGGAACACUAAACGAAUCAGAAAACAGCUUUUCGCAUCCGUGAAUAAAAUGAAACGCAAUCGGGACCCUUUUGGUUGUCUGAAGGCUUAUCAGAGAGAUAAUUUGAUCUACAGCUCACGCAAGACGAGCUUCUUUUCCAUUUUUUUUUAUCUGCAUGUAUAUCGCGGAGCCGCCUUUUGAUGAGAGAAUACUAGGACAAAUUCCCCCCCUCCCACCUCACCCCCGGAAAUGCAAUUAACGUGGUGACUUUCACAAUGGACGCAGUAAGAAAAACUCAGACAGUUACAGCCCACCAAAUCGCCUGGUAUGAAUGACGUAUCCGCAAAAUUCCUGAACGAGCUCGCACAUCAGCCGGCCUACCCGUUCUCUAAGAUCAUUGAAAUUUCGAUGGAGCCGGAGCUCUCUACACUACUUGGAAGCUAGCCAAUGUAGGCCUCAUAUAUAAAGAUGGGAGAGAACCCUACCAAAUAGCUUCACACCAGUAGAGGAAAUAAUAAAAAGGAACUAAUGAGGCAUACUGAGGAUAACAAUUUAAUUAAUGCACACUAACAUGGAUUUAGUAGCUCUCAAUCCCGCAUCACUACUCCGCUCACAUCCAUAGAAAGCUGGACGAACUUUUUAGAAAUGCAGUUGUCAGUAGAUACAAUCUACAGCGUAUUCAUCAAACCUUUUGAGGGGGUUCCACUCAGACGGCUAAUAUCUAAACUGCGUCCAAUGGGUAUGAUUGACAACUGUCUCAAGUGGUUGACAGAAUUUCACGCAGGCAGACGUCAGCGUGCUUGUAUUUGUGACGCCAAAUUUGGGUGGGAAACCAUUCACAAUGUGGUUCCCCAGGAGAGCGUUCUCAGCCUGUUCCCCAUUUAUGUGUACAGCUGUCUAGAUCUCCUGACCCGUGAGAAGGCAAUGUUUGCUGUUGAACUGAAAGUAUAGAAUUCAAUAGGGAAGCCAGUGGAUGCGAUGAACUUGCAAAAUAACCCUGAUUGAUAUAACUGUGUUGCAAUGAAUGGCUUCGCUACCUCGAUUUCAGCAAAUUUUGAGUCAUUCGAAUACGUUUCAGUCGCAGAAAGGUUCCGAGUUAUGAAUUUCGGGCUACCAACUGGGGUUAGUAAACGAGUUAAGGGAUCUAGGUGUGUGGACGACGUACCCACCCAAGCCUUCGUCUCCCUGCGCGAAGACCGAAAAAAAGUCUCUAGAUAUCCUGAGACCUAUCAGGAGAUCAUUCCUUCACUUGGACGAAGAGCUUUUUCGUCGAGUGUUUGGAACAUUUAUCGGGCUAAUGUUAGAAUGUUGCAUGCAGGCGUGGCGUCCAUGGACGAAGCCAGACCACGCCCUUUUGAUGAAAGUUCGAUUGCAGUACCUCAUGAAAUGCUAACUGAAAUUCUUGAAUGUCCUCCAUUAGAAAGGAUAACUUGCGCGCGGAGGUAAUUUUGAUCAUCGUGAAUUCACGUCAGGCUGUUGUCAUUUGAGUGCGUCCCGGUACUCGGCAAAGUCUGACAUCAUCAUCUGGUCUGCGUAGACGAGCAUCUACUUCAUGAUCUUACAAAAUGUGAAUGGGUUUUUUAAAAGUCAGUUCCGUCUCCUUUUAUCUCGUAUACGGUAGUCUUCUGAUCGCACUCAUAUCUAUUUGUAUUUAUUUGUUCAUGAAUAGUGUAGUGGCUUGGGCCUUGUUUCUUAUGGCUUACUUGCCACCAAGCUCCAUCGUCCCUUCUUCUAAGAAUUCUUAUGAUUGUAGGCGUCUAAUAACCGUUGGAUCUUUGUAUGAGGGCACUGAAAUAUAGUGGACUUCAGAAUUUUAAGUGUAUUUGUGCCUUGACUUUUUCUUUUGGCUUUCCCCAGGACGGUUUGAUUGACCCGAGAAACCGGCGUCUUAUUUGGGCUUUGGCACUGGGAGGGCACUUUCGACUUGGAGAGGUAUUCUUACGUUUCUCUCAUCACUUCGAGUAUUUAUGACCCCUAUAACUAUCCAAAACCCUUAUCAUUUUUCAGAAAAGUUCGAAAAAUGCGGGUUGUCAUUUCCAGAUGAAAUUUAAUCUUGUGCUUCCUUUUUUCUCGUAUAUAUACGAGAAAAAAGGAGGCCGGAGGAAAGGAUUUCUUCUUUUACUUGGUGUUUUAAUUUUCCGACAGUUCUUAACUUACUACUAGUUGGUUGUGGACAGUCACUUCUGCGCACUUCGUCCUGAUAGCCUAAUACGCUUUCUUCUCGCCCCGGUUGGCCCCGGGGGUUCGUGUUACGAUUGACUAGAUUUUUUUCAAUAAUCUUAGUGGACACUGUCCACACGAGGACAGUAAGUUGAUGCGCAUACUCAGACGAGUUGGGGCCGUUGUAGCCCGGGGCGAUUUAAUUUGCUAGACAGGCGCCUAAAUUCUGGUCAAAGUGCGUGCGUGCUUACGCGCAAAGGGACCCUCAGGCUUGACGUGCAAAAUGCGCUCGGGUGAGCAGAAAAGCUCCUUUCCUCGUACAGAUUGAGCACUGCCAGCCAAUCUAGUUACUAGCCCCGCGCUAGCCCGCAAGUCAAUCGGGCUAGCAAAUUUUUGGUCCUGGGAGGCACGCGAUAGUUGUGUAUUUAAGCUGUCGACGAUUCACUGACUGCAUACUCAUGCAAUUCGACGCUAUUUGACGGCUGUAGAUAGGGACAAGCAGCUAACUCCGGCCACUGUCCAACCAGGCACUUUUCUGCCUGUAAUUGUAACCGUCCAACUUCUGUCUAACCUCUUCCGUAUGCGAAUUAUAUGUAGCCAGUGGUAUUUUCUUGAUUCUUACACCAAUAGACAUGUCUGCACUUCGUAAACCCCCAAUGUUGGCAGACAAAUUUGUUACCGGCAGUAUCUUAUGGCUAAUCUCCAAAGAAGAGCAUAGUCGCACGACAAAUGCUACAUAUACCCGGACGUUCCAUAAGCUUCCUCUUAAAAUGUCCUCGCUUACACAUCUUAUAUCCGCAAGCCAGCCGUCUUCCUAAAACGACGUAAUACCAGCCUGCUCAUUUAGUGACUGCAAGUACGACAGAUGCCGUGAUCUUCAGCUUGGACGACAGGAAGUGUUUUCAAACACAUUGUCGUGCUGGAGUCAUGGUCUGCGUCGCUGAUCUUUUACCUAGGAUCCCGAAUGAAUUUUUAGGUUAACCCAACACAAGUCUGGUUACCGCACAGGCUUCCGGAUGCGCUGAUGACUGCGCUGUUUGUCAGUCUACAAUCCCGGAGUAAAAUCAGUUUAGGGAAGAAAGCACACGCCCAGUUGUCCAUCAUGAACCGCUCGGGGCGACUGUUUAGUUUUGUGGUUCAGAAGAUUGGUGUAAGGUAGGGUAGCCUAUCUCAUGCAGGCCAUUCAUUUAGUUAUGUGUAUGAACUGUAAACUGCGUCUUCGUGGGGUGACCUCGUUUUCCCAUGAUGUUUGUCGCACCAUGUUCUAUGCGUCCCGCACGAGAAGCUUGUGCACCUCACUGUAGAGUGCGUCUGGGCAGUUCUUAUUGGCAAUGUCCAGCUUAAACUCCGCUCUUACAUGUAUAACUCAGUUUUUAGAACUACAAAAAGGGCUUACGGGGAUGUUUGCUCGGUUGAAGUAUCUUCAUAGUGACAAAGACUGUGGAACCUCUGGACAACCUCGAAAUCUCACAGAAACUCUUCUAUCAGCGCCGAUUCGAGCAUUGUUUUUAUCUUUACUCCUGUUCCUUGCCUGAGACCUACUGAACAUAUUUGAAAUUUAAUUCUUCCCAAAUCAAAACCCGUAAUCACGAUGGGUGCCCUCCGUCAGUCAGAUAUGUUUUUAUGACGAAAGCCCUAAUUAAUUGCAAAACGUAUCGCAUAGUGCACCGUAGCUUGGCGCUGACAAGGCAAUGAAGUCAGUAUGUAUAGGGUCGGUCAUUUGAGUCCAUCUACGUGCUUAACACCGUCAAGAUCUCACACAGAUUUUUUUAAGUUUUCAACCUGUGACAUUUAUUAAGAUGGACUAGACGAUCUAUGCUUAUUUAAUGGUUGUUAGAGUUCAUUUGCUUGCCAAAAUUCUGAAUACUGCUGGGGCCACAGCAGGCCUUUUUCACAACAAUACGUUUUUGCCAACACACAAUCUAACAUUUAGCACUACAGAAACUCGGAAUGACCGACAGCGAACGCUGAGGUGAGGGCGGCAGAGCUGUGGUCUAGCAUGUUCUAGUAGGGCUGACGAAAUUGUAGGAUGUACCAUCGUGUAAUCGCUUUGCUAUUACAUACACGUCCAGCUAGGAACUCAGCGUCGUCACGUUUUUGUAGGUUGUUAGUAUUUAGACCGCCGGGAAGUACCAGCUUAUGUUGUGCUAGUCUCGUACCUCUUCUUACUGCCUUAAACAUAGGCACAAGAAUAGUCGAGCAUCAGUAAUCAGAUCUGGUCUCAUGUUCAUAUUUUUUUCAAUCAUCUCAUUGAAUAAACACACCAAUGUCAACAUGUGGAACUCAGCGACGAUGCCGUUCCCUCCGGGCGCCGCGUUGACGCCCAAUCUCUACAACGUCUAUACUUUUUUCCUAUGAUAGAGCGCCACACGAUACUUUUAAUAAGUUGGUGGACUUUUCCAAUUAUUGUUGCUUGAGGCCUGUCCUAUGGAAGUCACUACUUCGGCCCAAUGAUUCAUUUUAUCUUUCCUGACUGACUCCUAUUUUCGAAGGAAUUUGUGGAAGACAUCGCCAUUGUUGGGGCAGAUAACUGUAGGGUUCCUGGUCAGUUUCUAUCGUUACGGCGUCACUAGGUUAAUUUUAGAAUACCUGUCAGCCGUCUCACGGACUGAUGAUUCCAAUGACGAGUAGCUAUUUUCUUAUCAUUCUAUUAGACCCACAAAUUAGACAGUGUUUCCCCUUGCCUCGGAUCAUAUUACGCUCGAGGUAUUUUGGCCCGGGAUGAGAUGUGCGCCCUUAGAUGAAGACGUUUCCUGUUUCGGCCUUACGUACUGUCACAAUUGUUUACGAUAGGAAACCGACAGUUCGACCGUCGUGCCCGACGAUGUCCAUCGUGUGCUCCAGAGCAAGGCGGAGCAGGUACGGUAAUUGGCGCAUGAAAUAGUUUGUAGUGAGUGUAAACUUUCGCAAAAUCUGCCUCAUUCUCCUCCCCACCUGAACCAGGUGUCAAGACGAAGUCAAGAAGACCAGUGGCGAGGGAAGACGCAGAUGGCCGGCACGACCGGACUCGCACCUAGGCAUACCACCACACCCUCUGGUCCAAAACAAACACUAGACCAGGAUUUUAACCAACAGCAGCACCACAACGGGUCACAAAGACGAGGAUGACUGGACAGCUGUGCUCAUGACCUUUAUACCCAGCGGUAUCGCAAGCCCAUCUACCGGCAGGGAACCAAGUGUAGGAGAAAUUACAGCGCGUACCAGGCUGCGAGGACCAUGGUUUACUGAUCCUGGUCUAGCAGAUGCUUACAGAUCUUUAGAUAGAAAAUCAAGGGUAUUUUGAAUGACAGCUUUAUUCCAGCUUUCAGAAUCAUAGGAACCUGACCUUUCUUCAGAUAUUCGUGUACAUGACUUCUCCAGACGGGAAUCUUCAGCAUAUACGCCAUGCUGAGACAGCUGCGACUACGUGGAAGCAGCCACCUCGGGCGGAUGGAUGACGAGCGGCUACCCAAACGACCACACCUUUACCUUACACAUCGGUCCGUUCGGUCACUUGCGAAUCCAUCGCACGGAUAUUGGCGAACCAGUACCUGGAGCACCAACCUACACUCGUCGCAUUCGCCUCCACUGUCCACACUGCCCCCGCUCAUUCACUCACCGCAUGGGUCUAUUUUGUCACAUGCGUAUACACGAGAGCGGAAUUGACCGCAGUCUCGACACCCCUAACACCUGCGCAUUCACCAGGCCUAGCUCAUCCCACAUCCAGUCGCCCAGCGCGUCCAUCGUCAGCAGUUCCACCACUGCCACCAUCUGCGAGACCGACACUAACACCACCGCCUUUUCUUGUCCACACUGUCCCCAUACAUUCACCUCCCGCAUCGGCCUAGUCGGUCACUUGCGAAUACAUCGUGCAGAGACCAGCGAACCAGUGCCUUAAGUUCCAACAUACAUCAGACGCACCCGUCUAAGCAGCCCUCACUGCACCACAUGGGCCUAUUAGGCCACAUGUGCAUUCACGAAAACCUGGGGUAGACAACCGCCGGCUAAACCGCAGCAUCACACCUUUCCCCACCUACAUGACGCUACAUCAUCAUCCACCACCAGCAUCCGACUGCCACCAUCCACGCAAGUGGGAAGUGUGCGUCUCGGCCCCGUCUUCAUGCUGAUUCUUUGUCGCAUAUGUAAUUUGAGCCUGAGGCUAUCACGGCACGCCAAGCGCUGUGGCUUGGAAGGCCGCUGGCUGACGCUCCAACGCAGUCUGCUUAGUUGUAUGUGUGUAUGCGUGGAGUGGCGGACUGGUGGAUUGAGAACCAGACUGAAGCGGCUCCCUCUUAACGUGACCAACGGCACUUUCACGCAUGUGAGAUGUACGCCUCUCAACCCCUGUUGUGUGAAAUCCUGGUGCUUUUGUUUAGGGAGCCAGGUCGUGCAUGUGACGCGCGCAGACAAGGCUAUUAUAUAUGUCAACCACCGCGCCCAUUCCCCGCGCCUGUCAACUGACCUACUCGGACAGUGACUGGGGCCUGGGAAUGGGAAGGGAGAUUAAGGUCGACGGCUCAGCGUAUUUCCUUUACUAUAAACAAUCUGACGCGCUUGAAGUUAUCACGGUGCGUUAAAAGCUGUUGCUUGGAAGGUUGUCAACUGACGGAAUAACUUGGACCUCCUUGACUGGAGUUCUGAGAGUCAGGCUGCAAUGGCUCCUUCUUAAUGUGGCCUUUAUGGCACUCCCAAUGUGUGGGAUCCGAGCCAGGCGUUGGCGGCACACCUAGGUGCGGCUGGGGCCUGGAGGAAGAGGAAUAGAGGGUGAGAUCGACGACUCAGUGCAUUUUCAUCACUGUAAACAAUCUCAUACACUUGAAAUUAUCACGGUGCACUAAAAGCCGUGGCUUGGAAGGUUGCCAACUGACGGGAUAACUUGGACCUCGCAGUCGGCCCGGUGUUGUGUGUUUGUAGGGAGCGGCCGGCUGGUGGUCUAAGAGCCGGACUUCGGUGGCUCCUUAAUGUGGUCAUCAUGGCGCUUCCACUCUGUAGGAUCCGAGCCAUGUGUGACGGCACGCUUAGGUGCGGCCUCGGCCGUGCCAGCCAUCCUUUUGUCGUUGGUUAAAAUCUUGGGCAUUUGCUGUGUGGAUCAGGGGAUAUGGAGUGGAACGCCAAGGUGCGGGCUCGACCGUGCCAUCCACCUGCGCCCUCCCCUACCUCCGGUCAUCCUGACUAUGUCUUGACACCGGCCCAGGGGAGAAGAGAGUGCGGGAGAUGCUGUGAAGGUCUACACUCACUAUUAACUAAAUCAACCACAAGUCAUCGUCCCUGCUCUCACCUUGAUAUGGAGCACACGGUGGACACUGUCGGCGACAACAUUUGAAUUUUCGCAUGACUUCUCGCGUCUGAGUAGUUUCUUUGCGUUCCUUGUUUAGAAUUCAACUCAGAUACUCCCCACCCCCAUGCUUCUCACUGUUUUCUUCUUCAUCCUCUCCUUUUCCCUCCUAAAUCUCUCCUAAAACUAUUUUUCGCUUUUGAAGGACCGACAAUGGAGGCAAUUUACAAACAGUUAAGUCAGGAGGUUGAAAAACUGCAAGAAGUUCAGGGCAACAUUCAGAAACGAAUCCAAGCCUACCAACAGCUGGCUGGUCAACUGUCUGAGAAUGAGAACGUCGAACUCGAUCUGGCAGAACUCAAUGAAGAAAAUAAGGUGUAUAAGUUGAUAGGACCGGUUCUAAUCGAACAGAGUCUCGAGGAGGCCAAAGAUACAGUGAAAAAAAGGAUCAAAUACAUUAAGAAUGAAAUGUAGGUUUGGAGAUUGCGUAAACUCACCGCCAAUGGAUUCUAGGAACAGGAAUGAUGAACUCAUAAAGUCCCUGGAGAAACAGAGGGAUGGCCACCGAGAGCAAAUUAACAAGCUGCAGCAACGCUUCCAACAAGAACAGACCAAAGCCGCUCUGAAGGCAUAA